UUUAUUUUAUUUGAAAGAAUUAUGGAGACACAGAGACAGAGAUCUUCCAUCCUCUGGUUCACUCCUGAAAUGAGAGAGAGAAACACACCUGCUGAUUCACUCCUACACAAAUGCCUACAACAGCCAGAGCUAGGCCAGACUGAAACAGGGGGGCGUAUGGUCAUGAUGUAGGGAAACGACCUUGGAUUACAGGAGAUGAGUGUAUAGUAGGUCUUAUGGAGGACAUUGUAGGAGCUAAUGAGAAAGAAAUAGCUCUAAUGAAUGCUUUGACCGUCAAUUUACAUCUCCUACUGUUAUCAUUCUUUAAGCCUACACCAAAACGGCAUAAAAUUCUUCUAGAAGCCAAAGCCUUCCCUUCUGAUCAUUAUGCUAUUGAGUCACAGCUUCAACUUCAUGGACUUAAUGUUGAGAAAAGUAUGCGGAUUAUAAAGCCAAGAGAGGGAGAAGAAAUCUUAAGAAUGGAGGAUAUUCUUGAGGUGAUUGAGAAGGAAGGAGACUCUAUUGCUGUGAUUCUGUUUUCUGGCGUGCAUUUUUAUUCUGGGCAGCUCUUGGAUAUGCCUGCCAUCACAAAAGCUGGACAAGCAAAGGGUUGUUUUGUUGGCUUUGAUCUGGCACAUGCAGUUGGAAAUGUUGAACUCCACUUGCAUGACUGGGGAGUUGAUUUUGCCUGCUGGUGUUCUUACAAGUAUUUAAAUUCAGGAGCAGGAGGCCUUGCUGGUGCCUUUGUUCACGAAAAGCAUACCCAUACCAUUAGACCUGCACUAGUGGGGUGGUUCGGCCAUGAACUCAGCACCAGAUUUGAAAUGGAUAACAAACUUCAGUUAAUCCCUGGAGUCACUGGAUUCCGAAUUUCUAACCCUCCCAUUCUGUUGGUCUGUUCCUUGCAUGCUAGUUUAGAGAUCUUUAAGAAAGCCACUAUGAAAGCAUUAAGGAGAAAAUCCAUUUUGCUUACUGGUUACCUGGAGUAUAUGAUCAAGCAGUACUACCACAAAGACAAAGCAGAAACCAACGAAUCAAUUGUGAACAUAAUUACUCCAUCCCGAAUAGAGGACCGUGGCUGCCAGUUAACACUAACAUUCACUGUUCCAAAGAAAAAUGUUUUCCAAGAACUAGAGAAAAGAGGAGUAGUUCAGGCACAAGGGUCCUAUCCAAUUGGAGUGUUGCUGAACAAUCAGCCUCAAAUGGAAGUUCCUCAAAGGGAAGCUUUACUUAGGAAAACUGAAGGAUACCCUGGAAAGGUGUGGUGCCCGAGAGAAACUGCCUCCCUACGAAACAACUUGCCAGGAUUACUACAGCAACAGUUAGGUGAGUGUACAGGAGGACUGAAGGAAGCAGGAAGCCCUUCUUGUUUAAGCAACAAGCAUCUCUCUACAUGGCAGGUUUAAAACUCGGACUCAGGCUGAUUUCUUGCUGCUAUCCUUAUUUGUGGUUGCCUGGCCUCCUCUGAACAGAGUUCUAGCUUCCCUAGAACAGCCCAUGAAAAACAAGUUGAAUCCAGUACAUGGCUUCAGAUUCUCUGUCCCUGUGCCCUUCUUUUGCCCAAUUCCAAACUCUUGGUUAUAUAGCUAUCUUUUGUCAAUAACUUUCUACUUCCUAUUGAGUGCAAAAUCAUAUGGAGUCAGAUUCAAAAUGUGCAAUGUAUUUUUUUCCAUGAACUGAAGUUGCUACAGCAUUGAGUUUUUUAAAAUGUAUUUUUGUACAACCUCAAGAAGGAAACCUGCAAACACCCUAGAAGCAUCAGCUCCAUAAAGCACUGCCUGAGGGCCAGGGUUGUGGCACAGUGGGUUAAGGUGCUGUUUGUAAUACUAGCAUCCCAUAUCAGCAUGCCAGUUUGAGACCUAGCUGUUCUGCUUCCUAUCCAAUUGUCUGAUAAUGCUCAUGGGAAAGCAGCAGACAGAUGCUGGCUCAAGUGCUUGGGCUCCUGACACCAUGCAGGAGACCCAGAUACAGUUUCUAGCUCCUGGUUUUGGUCUGGCCUAGAUCAGCUCCUACCAUUGUGGCCAUUUGGGGAGUGAAACAAGGAAUGGAAAAAUCUGUCUACUUUCUGUCAUUCUGCCUUCCAAAUAAAAAUCUAAAGCGCAAAAGCACAACCUGGCAAUCAUUGGCUUAGGGCACCCUGUUACUGAGAGUAUGCAAUUCGUGCUUUCGUGGGCCAUUAGCAUCUAUUUUAUAUGUAUAAUAUACCCUCUAUCCACUAGUAAUAUUAAGUCUCAAAAAGGGAAUUCUCACAGUACAAAAUAAUAUAGAAGAUUAUUAUAAACUAUAGGAUUUAAAUAUCCCUAAUAAGUGUUGAUUUAUGGCUGGCGCCGCGGCUCAAUAGCCUAAUCCUCUGCCUGCAGCACCAGCACCCGGGUUCUAGUCCUGGUCGCCCCUCUUCCAGUCCAGCUCUCUGCUGUGGUCAAGGAGUGCAGUGGAGGAUGGCCCAAGUCCUUGGGCCCUGCACCCCAUGGGAGACCAGGAGAAGCACCUGGCUCCUGACUUCGGAUCAGCACGGUGCGCUGGCCACAGCGCACCAGCUGCAGCGACCACUGAGGGGAGAACCAACAGAAAAGGAAGACCUUUCUCUCUGUCUCUCUCUCUCACUGUCCACUCUGUCAAAAAAAAGUGUUGAUUUAUGGUAAUAAUUCUUGAUGAAUUCCCCAUAUUUCUAUGAUCCACUGUGUGAUAAUAUAUAUGAUAAAACAUUAACUAAUGAUUAGAACCAAGAUUUUCAGAAUGACAAGAAAGUUAUAAAAUAAGUUAAAUAAAAAAUCCUUAAUUCUUUUGCCAUGAUUCCAGCUAUUAUAAAUCAUUGAAUGUUUAUGUUUACUUAUAUAUUUACAUAUAUUUGGAAACAGCAGGGAGGGAGAGAGACUGCUCUAUUCAUUGGUUCCCUCCCCAAAUGAUGACAACAGCUAGUGCUGGACCAGGCUAAAGGCAGGAGCCAAGAACCCCAUCAGUGUCCCCUACAUGGGUGGCAGGGACCCAAGCACUUGAGCCAAAAUCCACUAUCUGCCAGGUGCAUUAGCAGGAAACUGAAUCAAAUGCAAAGCUGGGAUUCAAACUGGCAAAACAGGCAGUCCAACAUGGAAUGUGUCACCCUUGCUAGGUUUGUGGGAACUGAUGACAGUCCCUUCUAUCUCCUACAGCUCUAGAACUGUAGUUAUUGGUGCUAUAAUCCCUGGAGUAAACCACACUCAUGGGUGAGACCUUGAGAGCCUUACCUGCAUUCCUCUGCUUCAGGCUGGCAGGUGAUAGUCCAUAAUGCCAAGCGUAACCUGCACUCAACCUGUGAGGCAUGGGCAAUUCUGCAAAGGUGGGACUGUGACUGCUGGUUCUAUAAGUCCCAGGGACACUUGUACUCCCAUUUGGGACCUGUGGAAGGCUCUAUGGGCAAUCAUCUCCUCCAGGCCUGUACCCACUAUGUACAGUCUCAAGUAUAACAUGUGGUCACUGGUGGGACUCUGUGUGCUGUAGCUCAUGCACUGUGACUGUUGGAGCUAUAUUCCAGAGUUCAUCCCGAGGAACCUGAGUAAGAACCCCACUGCAUCCUUCUGCUCUGGGUCUGUGACUAUUCUCUGAAGCCCCAGGACAACUGUGAUCCCCUGGGGUACAUGGGGAAGGCCUUAUCUGUAUACCACUGGUCCAGGCUUACACUGGCUAGCUCACAGUCCGGGUUCGUAAUCAUUAUCUGUGAUCAACCUGUAAACAAGUUACCCUCUGAGUCCUGUAGCUCUGAGACUGAGACUAUUGGGGUCACCUGGUUCUUCCUGUGGGACCUGGUGAAGACACUACCUGCAUUCCACUGCUCUAGACCAUGACUGUCCCUAGAAUCACCUGUGCAUGAAAUAUAAGACCUGGGCAAGAUCUCUACCACAUCCUGCAGCUCUGGAACUGUGCCUGUUCUAGAAUCCCAAGAAACACUUGUGCUUGCAUUGUGAAUCCUGGGGAGGGCUCUAGCCUCAUUUUAUUGUUGCAAGCCUGCAGCUGCCAGUGCAUGAUCUCCAGUAACACCUAAGCUUUCUGCUAUGAGACCUGGAUGAGAUACACUUUCUUCUCUGUAGCUGCUGGACUAUAUAUAUUAAUACUAUAUUGUUCAGUCACUGAAGCCUACACUGUGGGACCUAGGGAAGACUAACUUCAUUCAACUGCUGCAGGCCCACAUUUCAAAGUGCAGAAGCUGCAGCAUAACCUGCAUUCACCAUGUGGGACAAGGGCAGUGUAUCCUUUGCAUCCUCCAGUGCAGAGACUAGGAAGUUGGGGGCUAUAAACAAGACCUGGGGAAGUCCUAUUUGUAUCACACAGUUGCAGGGUCACAUCAAUUGAUGCUACAAGUCCCAGCAUCAUUCAGAUUUCUCUGGCUGAAUAUAAGACAGCAUGAUGAACAGAGCUAUUGUCAUCAUAAACCCCAGCAUGACUGACACUCAACUAUCUGGAACCGAAAGACACACAUCUCAGAAACCAUUAUCCAACUCAAAGUCUUACAUACCAUCAACUUCUGGCACUCAUGGAUAUUGCUAACAUGGAUUAUACUUCUGGGCUCACUUAGAAACAAAGCCAAAAGAAGUAUCCAACUGGCACCUCAAAUUCCAUCCAAAGAAAAAGUCUUUUCUUAUGAAAACUAUUUUGUAACAAAAGAAAUGUUACACCAGAUAUGUAGAUAUCAACAUAGGGACUUAGGAAACAUGAAGCAAGGAAGCAUGGAACCUCCAGAGGAACAAUAUUUUUCCACAAAUAGAUCCUGAUUUGAAAGAAAUUUAUAAAAUGCCUGAAAAGAAUUCAGAAUAAUGCUAAGGAAAUUCACAAAGACACAAAUGCAUAAAGAUAGACAAUUGAAAGAAAUAAGGAAAACAAUGCAUGGUAUGCAUGAGAAAUUCAACAGAUGUAGAAAUCAUUCAACCAAUAAGAACCAAUCAGGAACUAAUCAGAAAUUUUGGAAUUAAAAGCUUCAAUCAGAAGCAUAAUAAAUGCAGCUUGGAGCUUCAACAAAAUAGACAAAGCAGAAGAAAGAUGCAAUAUUGCUGAAUAGGGGAAAGGUGUGCUGAUAUUGACAAAGAAAGAUACCAGAUGAAAAGGGAAGGAACUACAUUCUCAGGGGACAGCUGGAGAGAAGUCUGCAGUGGAAAAUCUACAGACAGAAGAGAGACACCAUGGUGCAGUUGGUAUGGUACAAUCAUGCAGUCAGUGGCUGGAAGGGAUGCCAUCUUAUUGGAGGCAGGCAAGAGGAAUCUGCAACAGGCUGUGUCACUGGUAAUACUGCCUGAGUGAGAACCUUUUGGUCCCACUAUCUUUAGUCGAGCCUGAAGUGCUAGCAGGGCUUAAGUGCCCAUCUAACCCAGUGAAAAGAGAACACAUUGCUUUCUUCCCUUCCUUUCAGCAAGGCGCACUGACCAUUAGGGAGGAAGUGCCAUCCUAAUAAGGCAAAUAGAAGCUUCUGUAGCCUGCACUUGACUGAAGAUUUUGAUAAAUCUGUGGUUCACACUGACUUUGAGUCUGGCCUAGAGGGCAUGCAGUGUGUGGUGUACCCACGUAUGUCUGUGAAGGAGGGCACAUGGCUCCCUUUCCCCUUACUCAAUAAAAAGUGUUGGAAUCAACUUGCCAAGGCAGAGCACCAACCAACAGACCUCCUCUGUCAGGAGACAGCUGGAUCUGGGAAUACUGUCGCUCUCUCCAUGGACAGGAAGGUUCAAAGGGCUGAGAGUGGAUUCCCCACUCCUUGUGACUAGGAACCUUAUAACUGUUCCCUAGGAUAUAGGGUAUGGCUGGGUGUUUGGGUAGUCACUGGGUCUGGUUUCAGAGGCUCCGGUUUCCCUGAGUAUGUGGUGAUAGGGGGAUGUAGGCAGGGAAAGGUAUGCUCCAAAAAAGAUGGUGAACAACCCCUUCUUAUCCCACAUUUUGCACAUUUUCCCAUUUCAUGUGCCCACCAAGACCCAGCCAAUCAUGCCCCCUUCUGUGCUUGGGGAAUGCCCUGAACAUCUAGAUCCCUCCAAACCCAACUCCAACCAGGCUCAUGGACCAACCCCAUUCAAAUCAGCAAUAGCUCUACAUGCCAUUUCCAGGGUGCUACCCCAAGUGACAUAGAUAAAAGGGAAGUUUGACUACCCACUAAAGACCAAGGAUUCCACUUCCCUAGUGGACAAUCAGCUCUGGGGUCCCCUUUUGAUGCCUUAAGAUGGGAGAGCUCUGCUUUUAUGUUCUUUCAUUUGUUUUGUUCUCCCACUCAUUUAUAAAGGACUCAUUGCUUUUCAAUUCAGGCUCUUUCCUUACUUCCUUACACUGAAAGAAGUCAAUGACCAGGUAGUGCUGCCCUUCCAUUACAUUUCUGGUGCCAACUGAAACCCUGGUUGCGUGCUUCCUGAAGCCCAAGAGCAGAAACUUGAAACCUGAGAGGUACCCUCUGGACUUGGACUCUGUUCCAUGAUCAGUGUGUCUGCCACAAAUGGUUAUGGACAGAAAGAAAGGAGUCUUGAUCCUCCUGCCUUUCUUGAUCCUGCAGGAUUGGGAGCCCUCCUACCACAGUUAAACUACAGUGGAUUUCCUAUCAGUGAAGAAGGUAUACUUGGACUGGGUAGAUCAACCUGUAGGUUGCCUGUAGAAGGGAGUCAUGGAUUUGAAGCUUUGUACACAGGAAAGAUUUGAUUAAUUCCCAACAGCAGAUGUGGAGCUGUCUCAGAGAGCGGGUAGAAUCACAUUACCUUCCUCUUUCCAGGUGGCUGCUGAGGACCCACGUAGGGGCAGGAGGAUGCCCCACCUCACUCGGAUCCACAACCUUUCUCCACAGACAGGAACCAUUCACUCUAAGAUCCGCUCCCCACUGGAAUGUCCCCUCAAGCAUUGGGAGGGGUUAUAUCCACAACACCUUAAAAAUGGGGGCCCUCAUUUUCUUUUGCACCCAAGUGUGGCCUAAAUGUCCCCUCAGAGAUCAGGAGUGAUGACCAGAAAGGAGGGACUGUCACAAUCCUCCGUCUAGAUUGCUUCUGUUUAAGAGAAAGCAAGUGGACAGAAGCCCUGUACAUACAGGUUUUUUUUUUUUUUUUAACCUUAUGAGACCAUCCUGAAUGACUGAUUUUUUUUAACUUUUAUUUAAUGAAUAUAAAAUUCCAAAGUACGGCUUAUGGAUUACAAUGGCUUCCCCCCCAUAAUGUCCCUCCCACCUGCAACCCUCCCCUUUCCCACUCCCUCUCCCCUUCCAUUCACAUGAGGAUUCAUUUUCGAUUAUCUUAAUAUACAGAAGAUCAGCUUAGUAUACAUUAAGUAAGGAUUUCAACAGUUUGCUCCCACACAGAAACAUAAAGUGAAAAAUAAUAGAUGAUUUUUUUAAAUGAUGAUGAAAUCAGAUCAGACCUAUUGUCAUGUUUAAUCCCAGUGAAAGUCAAGUUGGGAAUUGAUAACUUCUUUUUUUUCUAUAGAAGAUCAGUUUAGUAUGCAUUAAGUAAAGAUUUCAACAGUUUGCACCCCCAUAGAAACAUAAAGUGAAAUACACUGUUUGAGUACUCGUUAUAGCAUUAAAUCUCAAUGUACAGCACAUUAAGGACAGAGAUCCUACAUGAGGAAUAAGUGCACAGUGACUCCUGUUGUUGACUUUACAAAUUGACACUCCUGUUUAUGGCAUCAGUAAUCUCCCUAUGCUCCAGUCAUGAGUUUCCAAGGCUAUGGAAGCCCUCUGAGUUCUCCGACUCUUAUCUUGUUUAGACAAGGUCAUAGUCAAAGUGGAGGUUCUCUCCUCCCUUCAGAGAAAGGUACCUCCUUCUUUGAAGACCUGUUCUUUCCACUGGGAUCUCACUCACAGAGAUCAUUUUGCCAGAGUGUCUUGGCUUUCCAUGCCUGAAAUACUCUCAUGGGCUUUUCAGCCAGAUCCGAAUGGCUUUAGGGCUGAUUCUGAGGCCAGAGUGCUAUUUAGGACAUCUGCCAUUCUAUGAGUCUGCUGAGUAUCUCACUUCCCAUGUUGGAUCACUCUCCCCUUUAUUUAUUCUAUCGGUUAGUGUUAGCAGGUACUAGACUUGUUUAUGACCUGUGCUUAGAUGGGGAGACUGUUCCCCUCCUCCAGCUCACUGGGAAGAAGUAUUAGGAGACCACCCAGACCAUCACCAGAGUCCCAUAACCUGCUCGCCCCCUGAUAAACUAUGGAGGGAGCCCAGAGAUUUUGCCACUGUCACCUUCCUGUGCUGGAUAGUCACUAAUGCUCCACCAGAAACAUGUCAGUUCAUGCCUCUCUGGCUGGCUACAACUGGGAGAGUGAUUAGGAUUCCCUUUAACCUGUUUGAAUUUAGGGAAAUAAAGCAAGAUCCGGGUAACUUCACAUAUGACUCAGAAAAGUACAUUAGCAGUUUUAGGAAGCUUUGUGCCCUUUAUGAUCUAACUGGGAGAGAUGUCAAAAUCAUCUGUGAUGAAGACCCUUCUUUCCACAGAGAGAAAAAAGAGGUUUUAGAUCAGGCUGUGCAAGUGGACAAUGCCUAUUAUCUCAUACAUUCCAAGAGACACCCACAUAUCCCAACCAGACAUACCACUGUACCUGAAGCGGAACCAGAUUGGGACCCUGAGAAUCCCUUCUAGGACUGGUGCCAUAAGCAAUUCCUCUAUUGUAUUUCACAGGCCUCAAGGCUGCCAGAACCAAGGGAUUUAACUAUACACAACUUACUCUGGUCCAUAAGAAAAAGAACCCCUAGCAGUUUUUCUUUAGAGACUCCAGAAGAGUGUCCAAACAUGUUCUCAUAGAUUCACAGUUGCUGGAGGGAGAAGUCCUCCUUUAUCAUAAGUUCCGAAAUCAGUCACCCCCAGACAUUUGCUAUAAGCUCCAAAAGCUGAAAGAUAUGGUUUCAGAGGCCACUGAAGUAUAUUAUAACUGAGACCAUGAAAAGGAUAAAGAAAAACGGGAGACAUAACUAAGUGGUGGUGGCCCUCUGGGUCCCUCCACCACGGAUAUCCCAAAAAGAGAUGAUAAGGGACCAGUCUGCUUUCUCUGUCGCCAGCCUGAACACUUUAGAUGCAAGUACCCUAAAAAGUGACAGAUACCACCAACACUGUGCCCAAAUUGUGGAGGGACCCACUGGAAAAAUACUGUCCCCAGUCUUAAUGAGUAGUGAUGGUCCCUGGGGCCUGCAAAAUUGGCCUCUGUUGCUCCAAUCCAACUAGAGGAUCCCUGGGCAGAAUUCAUGGUAGGUGGUCGGCUGGCCAACUUCCUGUUCAAUAUGAGGGGAUGCUUCCUGAUGCUUUCCUCCUAUCCUGGUCCUAGGUCUCCUCAUAAGGUAAUGAUCCGGCCGGCGCCGCGGCUCACUAGGCUAAUCCUCCACCUGUGGCGCCGGCACACCAGGUUCUAGUCCCGGUCGGGGUGCCGGAUUCUGUCUCGGUUGCCCCUCUUCCAGGCCAGCUCUCUUCUAUGGCCAGGGAGUACAGUGGAGGAUGGCCCAAGUCCUUGGACCCUGCACCUACAUGGGAGACCAGGGGAAGCACCUGGCUCCUGCCAGAUCAGCGCAGUGCGCUGGCCGCAGCGCACUGGCCGCAGCGCACCAGCCGCGGCGGCCAUUGGAGGGUGAACCAAUGGCAAAAGGAAGACCUUUCUCUCUGUCUCUCUCACCGUCCACUCUGCCUGUCAAAAAAAAAAAAAAAAAAAAAAAAAAAAAAAAAGUAAUGAUCCAGGGAGUUAUAGGAAAAAGCCUAUAGAGAUAGUUUCACUCCACCCCUUGCUUGUUGAGGAGAACCUGACUUUACCCACUCUUUUCUUAUCCUCCCUAAAGUUCCAAUCCCUUCCUGGGAAGGGACAUCCUAUUCUUAACUCAAUUCCUGUUAGUACCCCAGGAAACUACAAAUGUAAUGAUAUUACAUUAUUUUAAUGAGUAUGGCUUCAUAUUCACACUGAGGAAUGCACAGGUCCUAUGGGUGAUUUAUGCCCCUGAGUACAUAGGAUGUGCUGGCACUGUGGGCUUAGCCUGGACAGUUGGUUCACAUGCCAACCAACAUGAUCAUACCCUCCCCGCUGCUGACAAUAGAGAAGAUCUACCACGCCCAACGUGUGUAUCACUCUGGACUGUUGCUCCACCAUCAGGUAUUGACCACAGCUCCCUGGCCCCACCCAGCACCUCUGGAUAUCUGCCAAAGGAGAAGACACUCCACUGAGCAAUAGAGGCAUGAUUCAAACACAAAAGCCCUCAGAGGAGAAAACCAAGUGUUUCCACAAGAAACAUGAUUAAGGAAGACAAUAUUACUCUCAAGAAGGAAUACAACAUCACUUCAAUAUCAGAAUGUGAAGAUGAAGAGAUUGAUGAAAUGUCUAAAGAGGAAUUCAAAAGCAUGAUCAUAAUAUUACUCAAAAAUCUAUGAAGCAAAUACAUGAGUUAAAGAAACUGAUACAUGACAUGCUUGAGAAAUUUUGUUGAGGGAGAUAUUGAAGAGAAAAUCAAACUGGGGUAUUGGAAUUGAAGAAUUCAACAUGGCAAAUAAAAAAAUACCCUGGUCUCCUGCAGUGCCAACAUCUUAUAUGGGUAACAAUUCGUGUCUCGGCUGCUCCAUUCCAAUCCAUCUCCUUGUUAAUGGUCUGGGAAAAGCAACAGAAGAUGGCUCAAGUGUUUGGGCCACCGACAUGGAGAUCCAAAUGAAGCUCCAGACUUUGGCCUGGCCCAGCCCUAGCCAUUGCAGCUAUUUGGGGAGUGAAUCAGUAGAUGGAAGAUCCCUCUAUGUUUCUCUCUCUCUGUCUCUCUCUCUCUCUCUCUCUCUCUCUCUCUCUCUCUGUGUGUGUGUGUGUGUAUCUCUUACUUUGGAAUUAAUAAAACUUAAAAACCACAGUGGAAAGCCUUAACAGAAUGAGAAUAUCCAAACCAGGAAACAGUUUUUUGAAACAUCUGUCAAAGAUGAAGAAGAUGAAGAUGAUGAAGAAGAAAAAUUUAGAAAAAGUGAAAUGAAUUUUCAAAAUUUAUGGGAUAGGCUGGCACUGUGGCUCACUAGGCUAAUCCUCCGCCUGUGUUGCCGGUACCCCAGGGUCUAGUCCCGGUCGGGGUGCCAGAUUCUGUCCUGGUUUCUCCUCUUCCAGUCCAGCUCUCUGCUGUGGCUCAGGAAGGCAGUGGAGGAUGGCCUAAGUGCAUGGGCCCUGCACCCGCAUGGGAGACCAGGAGGAAGCAUCUGGCUCCUGGCUUCGGAUUGGCGCAGUGCGCCGGCCGCAACACACUGGCUGUAGCGGCCACUUGGGGGAUGAACCGACGGAAAAAGGAAGACCUUUUUCUCUGUCUCUCUCUUACUGUCUAACUCUGCCUGUCAAAUACAUAUAUAUAUAUAUAUGUAUAUAUAUAUAUAAAUUUAUGAGAUAACAUCAAAUGAGCAAAUAUAUGUGUCUUAGGAAUUCCUGAAGUUGUGAAAAGAGAGAGUGGAUUAUAAAAUUAUUCAGUGAAAUAAGAGCAGAAAAGUUGCUUAAUUUGUAGGAAGAUAUAGGCACCCAAGUACAGUAAGCACACAGAACACAUACAUGACAUGAUCAGAAAAUAUGUUUAACAAAACACAUUACUGCCAAACUUUCAGGAGUAAAACAGAAAGAGAUUGUAAAUGUGGCACAAGAGAUUCUCCAGAACAACAUCCUACCUAAUGAACAGUGGGUCAUAGAAGAAGUCAAAAUAUUCCUGGAGACAAAUAAAUAUGGCAAUACAAUGCAUGAAAAUUUGUGGGAUACAGCAAAAGCAUUGCUAAGAGAAAAGUACACGGGGCCAGUGCCGUGGCUCACUUGGUUAAUCCUCUGCAGCACCGGCAUCCCAUAUGGGCACCGGGUUCUAGUCCAGGUUGCUCUUCUUCCAGUCCAGCUCUCUGCUGUGGCCCAGGAAGGUAGUGGAGGAUGGCCCAAGUGCUUGGGCACCUGCACCCGCGUGGGAGACAAGGAAGAAGCACCUGGCUCCUGGCUUCAGAUCGGUGUAGCUCUGACAGUGGCAGCCAUUUGGGGGGAGAACCAACAGAGGGAGGACCUUUCUCUCUGAAUCUCUCACUGUCGAACUCUGUCAAUUAAAAAAAAAAGAGGAAAGUACACAAUAAUUAGUGCCUACAUGAAGAAAUUGGAAAGGCAUCAAAUAAAUGAUCUAAAAAUGCAUCUCAGAAAACUAGAAAAGAACAAACCAAACCCCAAACCAAUAGGAAGCAAGAACUAAAAAUUAGAGAAUAAACAAAAUUGAAAUAAAAAUACAAAGGUAGGUGAAAUGAAGACCUCUCUUUUGAAGAACAGAAAAAAUUGAGACACAAUUGGCCCAACCAAUCAAAAAGGGGGGAAAGACCCAAAUUAAUAAACCAGAGAGGAAAAAGGAGAUGUUACAAAGGAUGCCACACAGAAGUAAAAAGAAUCAUCAGGAAUUACUACAAAUAGGUAUAUGCCAACAAACUGGAAAAUCUUCAGGAAAUAGAUUUCUGGAUACACACAAUUUACAAAAAUUGAGUCAUGAAGACAUAAGAAAACCUUAACAGACCAAUAACCAAGAUGGUGAUUAAAUCUGUGAUAAAGACCUUCCCAAAAAAGAAAACCCCAGGACCAGAUGGCUUCACUGCUGAAUUCUAUUUUUUUAAAUUUUUACUUGUUUUUAAAAAGAUUUACUUAUUUAUUUGAAAGGCAGAGUUACAAAGAGGCAAAAGGAGAGAGAGAGAGAGAGAGAGAGACAGAAAGAGAGGGAGGAUCAAUCUUCCAUCCACUGAUUCACUCCCCAAAUGGGCACAACAGCCAGAGUUGUGCCAAAACAAAGCUAGGAGCCUGGAGCUUCUUCCAGAUUCCCCACACAGAUGCAGGGGCCCAGGGACCUGGGCCAUCUCCUACUGCUUUCCCAAGCCACAGCAGAGAGCUAGAUCAGAAGUGGUGCAACCAGGACUUGAACCAGCUCCCAUGUGGGAUGAUGGCACUGAAUAGCAGCUUUACCCACUAUGCCAUAGCACCAGUCCCAUCUACCAAAGUUUAUAGAACUAACUUGAAAUUCUUCUCAAACUUUUUAAAACAAUUAAAACUGAGGGCAUCCUCCCAAACCCUUUAUAUAAUCCCAGAUCAUCUAAUUCCAAAACCAGAAAAAGAUACAACAAAGAAAUAACUAUAGACCAAUAUCCCUGAUGAACAUAGAUACUAAAAAAAAUCCUCAAAAAAUACUAAUUAAAUCCAACAAUGCAUCAGAAAAAAAAAAUCAUUCACAUGGACCAAGUGGAAUUUAUCCCUGGUAUGCAGGGAUGGUUCAAUAUACACAAAUCACUAGAUGUGAUACAUCACACUAACAUUGAAGAAUAAAAACCAUGUGAUUAUCUCAAUAGAUGCAGACAAAGCAUUUGAUAAAAUGCAACACCCUUUUCUAAUAAAAAACCAUAAGCAAAUCAGGUAUAGGAGAAGCAUAUCUCAACAGAAUCAAGGCAAUAUAUGACAAACCCACCACCAACAUCAUACUGAAUGGAGGGAAAGCUGGAAUCAUUUCCACUAAGAUCUGAAAACCAGACAAGGAUGCCCACUCUCAUCAUUGCUAGUCAGAAUAAUUCUGGAAAUUUUAUCCAGAGCCAUUAGAUAAGAAAAAGAAAACAAAGGGGUACAAAUAGGGAAGGAGGGAGUCGAAUUAUCCCUGUUUAUCUAUGAUAUGAUCCUAUUAUAGGAGAACCAAAAGACUUAACUAAGAAAUUAUGGGAACUCAUUAAGAGAGUUAGCAAAGCUGCAGCAUAUAAAAAUCAACACAGGGCUGGCGCUGUGGCACAGUAGGUUAAUUCUCUGCCUACGGUGCUGGCAUCCCAUAUGAGUGCCAGUCCUAGUCCCAGCUGUUCCUCUUCCAACAUAUCUCUGUGCUGUGCCCUGGGAGGGCAGUAAAGGAUGGCCCCAGCACUUAGGCCCCUGCACACAUGUGGGAGACACGGAACAAGCUCCCAGCUCCUGCUUUCAAUCAGCUCAGCCACUUAGGAUGUGGACCAGCAGAUGGAAGACCUUUCCCUCCGUCUCUCCCUCUUACUGUCUGUAGUUCUACUUCUCAAAUAAAAACUUUUUAUAAAAAUCAGCACAAAAGUUUGAUUGUAUUUGUAUAUGUAAGUAAUGUGGCUGCAGAAUAACUUGUAAGAUUCCAUCAGAAUAGCUAUAAAAAUUUGAAUACCAUCAGAUAAAUUGAACCAUCUCUACAAAGAUCUCUACAAUGAAAUUUAUAAAACAUUAAGGAAAAAAAAUAGAAGAAACAAAAGAAAAAAAGGAAAAAAUCUCCUAUGUUCACGGAUUGGAAGAAUUAAUAUCAUCAAAAUGUCCAUACUCCUCAAAGCAAUUUACACAUACCAAAGAUGUUCUCAGAACAUCUGGAAAAUAUGACUCUGAAAUUCAUAUUUAAUUAUAAGAUACUCCAAUAAUUGAAGCAAUCCUAAACAAUAAAAAAUUAAGCUGGGAGGCAUGAUAUUACCUGAUUUAAAGACAUAUUACAGGGCAGUUAUAAUGAAAACAGCCUGCUGCUGGCAGAUUUCAGGACAUAUUACAGGGCAGUUAUAAUCAAAACAGCCUGAUACUGGCAGAAGAAUAGACAAAUGGACCAUGGAACAGAUUAGGAACCCCUUCUGAUCUGUUUUACUGCUUUCCCAGGGACAUUAGUAGGAAGGCAUAUCAGAAGGGGAGCAAGAUCCCUGCCUAACACCCUAUACAAAAAUCAACUCACGAUGGAUCAAAGAUCUAAAUCUAAGACCUGAAACCAUCAAAUUACUAGAGGGAAACAUAGGGAAAACACUGUAAGGUACUGGCAUCAGAAAUGUCUUUUUAGAUCAGACUCUAGACAUAUAGGCAAUAAAGGCAAAAAUAAAAAUCAGGAUUACAUCAAGGUAAGAAGCUUCUGCAUAGCAAAGGAAACAUUGGACAAAUAAUGAGGCAAGUGACAGAGUGAAGAAAAUAUUUGUAAACUAUCAAUCUGAUAAAGAUUAAUAUUAGGAUAUACAAGGAGUCCAAGAAACUCAACAACCAUAAAACAAUCCAAUUAAGAAAUGGACUAAGGACAUGAACAGACAUUUUUCAAAGGAAGAAAUACAAAUAGACAACAGACACAUCAAAAGAUGCUCAGGAUCACUAGCCAUUAGGCAAAUGCAAAUAAAAACCACAAUGGGGUUUCACCUCAGUCUGGUUGAAGUAGGCAGGCAUACAGGUUAAAAUUGGUCAGAUUUGUGAACUGGAAGACCAUACCCCUGUGUGACCUCAUGCUCCUACCUGAUGCCUUUGCCACGCCCCUGUGUGUCCUCAUUCCCUACCUGGCCAUACCGGGGUGCCCACCAGCCAAUCAGGUUAAUUAACCACUCCCCUUUGGAGUGGGUUAAAAGCCUAGGGCACAGUGUGCCCGGGCCCCUGCUCUUCUUCCCUGGCCUCUUGCCAGGACAGGGCUUGCUGUAGCCCUGCACCUCCAGGGUGCAUGGCCUUCAGGCCUAGAUGGCCUAGAUGCUCAUCCACGUGGCUGGUUCCUGGUGCUUGGUAUGAACCCCUAUUCACUUCUCUCCCCUAAAUAAAGCUCUCACCCUUCUAUGCAUCUUUCUCCCUAAAUAAAAGCUUAAAACGUACCAUGCUGCCUCAUUUCUAUGCCAGUAUUUUGAAUUCUUCUCUAAAUACUAAGCAAGAACCCUCUCGGGCUUAUUAAUAUCAGGGAUUUGGUAAUAAGCCUGUGGUGAAAUAGUAAGGCACCCCAAAUUCCGGUACCGCAUGUGGCACCCCGGAUAGCAUUUCUAGGGAACUUUAAGGGGCCACAUUUCAGGGUAAAUAUUAGGGGGUCUUCUCCGAUUUCACAGUUAGAAUGACUAUAAUCCAAAAAUCAAAAAAUAACACACUGGAAAAGAUGUGGAGGAAAAGGUAUUCUAAUAAACUAUUGGUAGGAAUGUAAGCUAGUACAACCAUUAUGGAAGACAGUAUGGAGACUCCUCAGAUAUCUGAAAAUUGAUAUACCAUAAGACCAAGCCAUUCCACUCCUGGAAAUUUACCCAUAGGAAAUGAAAUAAACAUAUGAAAGAGUUAUCUAUAACCCCAUUUUUCUAGCAGCUCAUCUCAAAAUAGCUAAAAUAUGGUGUCAACACAGGUGCCCAUCAACUGAUGGAUGAAAAAAGAAAGUGUGAUAUAUUUACAAAAUGGAACAUAACUCUCAAUAAAAAAAAUUAAACCAUUUAUCAUAGUGUUCAUUUCACUUUAACAGCUUUCCUUUUUGGUUCUCAGUUAGUUGACGGAAACGGUGACUUGAUCAGCCCUCACCCUGACUGUUGAUGAGCAGCUUAAUAUGUUAUCCCUCUUAGUAUUUUUUUUUUGUUUAUUCUACUUAAUACUUUUGGUUGAAUACUGUAAUCAAUCCACAAUUCUUCUUAAGUGCUGAAACUUAACUGAAAAGUGAUCGCUGUUAAAUAUAAGAGUGGGAAUAAGAGAGGGAAGAGAUGUGCAAUUCAGGACAUGCUCAAGCUGACUUACCUCAAAUGGUAGAGUUAGAAACAUACCAGGGGAUUCGAAUUCAAUCCCAUCGAGGUGGCAUGUACCAAUGCCAUCUCACUAGUCCCAGUGAUCAAUUUCUGUUCACAAUUGAUCAUAAUGAUAGGACUAAGAACCAAAGGGAUCACAUAAACAAGAAUAGUGUCUGCAAAUACUAGCUGAUAGAAUCAAAAAGGGAGAGAAUGAUCCAACAUGGGAAGUGAGAUACACAGCAGACCCGUAGAAUGGCAGAUGUCCUAAACAGCACUCUGGCCUCAGAAUCAGCCCUUAAGGCAUGCGGAUCCGGCUGAAAAGCCCAUGAGAGUCUUUCAGGCAUGGAAAGCCAAGACACUCUGGGGGAAAAAAAAACCUAAAUGAAAGAUCUCCACGAGUGAGAUCCCAGUGGAAAGAAUGGGUCAUCAAAGAAGGAGGUACCUUUCUCUGACGGGAGGAGAGAACUUCCACUUUGACCAUGGCCAUGUCUAAAUAUGAUCAGAGUCAGUGAACUCAGGGGGCUUCCAUAGCCUUGGCAGCUCAUGACAAGAGCCUAGGGUGAUUACUGAUGCCAUAAACAAGAGUGUCAAUUUGUUAAGUCAACACCAGGAGUCACUGUGCACUUACUCCUCAUGUAGGAUCUUUGUCCUUAGUGUGCUGUACAUUGAGAUUUAAUGCUAUAAGUAAUACUCAAACAGUAUUUUUCACUUUAUGUUUCUGUGUGGGAGCAAACUGUUGAAAUCUUUACUUAAUGUAUGCUAAACUGAUCUUCUGUAUAUAAAGAGAAAUGAAAAUGAAUCUUGAUGUGAAUGGAAGGG